AAAACCGGAAUCGCCAUAUUUAGACUGCAAGUGACUAAUUUUGAUAAACAUUGACCAAAAGCAUUCGAUUUUGAGCAAGAACAGCAAUAUUCUGCAAUGAAGAUAGACUGGAGACCAGCUGUUUUACUGCUAUCCUGUUUAAGUGUUGCUUUGUCACAAAGGACAGGUUCACUUACUCCAACUACAAAGAAUCCAUGUAUAGGACAGAAGAUGUGUGGUGAAUGUAUAGCUGUUGGAAAAGACUGUGCAUGGUGUGAAGAACCGACCUAUGAUGCAGAAAACAAAGAAAGAUGUAACUUAUUAAGUGAACAUUCCAACUGUAAACAAGAACACUUAGUCUUCCCACAAAGCAUUCUAGCUAAAACAGAGAACCUACCACCAAAAGAUGGAUCGAGAACAGAUAAUCCUAUCCAGUUACAACCACAACUUAUCAACCUUAAAAUGAGACCAAAUGACCCCCAGAAAUUCACCUUGAACUUUAGACUUGCCAAUAACUACCCAGUGGACCUGUAUUACUUGAUGGACCUGUCCUACUCCAUGAAGGAUGAUAAAGAAAAACUAGCUACAUUGGGAGUUUUAAUAGCUAAUGAAAUGAACAACAUUACAGAGAACUUUCGCCUUGGAUUUGGAUCAUUUGUUGACAAAGUAGUCAUGCCAUAUGUUAGCAUGGCACCAAACAAAUCGGCAGGCACAGACAAACCUACAAUCAAUAACCCCUGUGAACAAUGUGAGCCUGCUUAUGGAUUUAAAAACCAGCUGCCAUUGAAUGGAGAUCCCAGCCUUUUUCAGACAAAAGUACAAGAGGCUAAAGUGUCAGGAAAUUUAGAUGCACCAGAAGGUGGUUUGGAUGCUGUGAUGCAAGCUAUUGCAUGUGAGAGUCAGAUUGGAUGGAGAAACCCAUCCAGAAGAAUGUUGCUAUAUUCAACAGAUGCUGGUUUUCACUUUGCUGGUGAUGGAAAGCUUGGUGGUAUUAUAAAGCCAAAUGAUGGACAGUGUCAUCUUACUAAUGAUAUAUACACAGAGAGUUCAACUCAGGAUUAUCCAUCAAUCAGUCAGAUUGCUGCUAAGAUAGAAGAAAAGAAUGUGAACUUGAUUUUUGCUGUAACAGAAAAACAAGUGGAUAUCUACAAGCAGUUGAAGAACUUCAUUCCUGGGUCUGUGACUGGACGUUUAGCUGAUGAUUCAUCUAAUAUUGUAGCUCUUGUUAGAGAUAACUAUCAAAAAAUUACUUCAAAAGUAGAGAUGAGUACAACUUCAGGAGCUGAGGAUGUUAUUAUUAGAUAUUUCUCCAGAUGUAAGAAUAAAACUGGUGAAUUGUCAGAAACCAAUAUUUGUGAAGGUCUCAAAGUUGGAGAUUCUGUCAGUUUUGAUGUUGAAAUUGAAGUGAAAGAAUGUCCCAAAGAUUCUCAAGGAUACAGUAAAAAAUUUGAUAUCAAACCAGUUGGUCUGUCAGACAAAUUAGAAGUCAGGAUGGAACUGAUCUGCAAAUGUGAUUGUGAAACGGAGAAGAAAGCUAUGGACAACAGACAGAGUAAGAGUUGUAAUAAUCAUGGGACAUUUGUUUGUGGAACAUGUGCUUGUGAUGACAAAUAUUAUGGGAAAACAUGUGAUUGUUACACUGGUAAUAUCACUCAGACAGCUCUGGAAGAACAGUGCAAAGAACCUGGUAAAGAGCUGAUUUGUUCUGGUCGAGGAGAAUGUGUGUGUGGGAAUUGUGAAUGUAAACCAAGACGAGGGAACAGUGAGGAGAGAUACAGUGGAAAAUGGUGCCAGUGUGAUGAUUAUAGUUGUCCUUUUCAUGAUAAUGCAUUGUGUGGUGGCCCUGACCAUGGAACAUGUAGAUGUGGAAACUGUUCCUGCACAUCUAAUUUUACUGGGGAAAACUGUGGCUGUUCUACCAGAAAUGAUUCCUGUAUUUCCUCUGAUGGGAAAACCUUAUGUGGUGGUCCAGAAAGAGGAAAAUGUGAAUGCAAUAGAUGUGUAUGUCUAAAAAAGUCUAAAUACCAAGGCACCACUUGUGAGGAUUGUAAGGACUGUAAAAUGGUUUGUCGACAGAACAAAGCCUGUGUACAGUGUGUGGUCCACCAUACUGGUGAAUAUAAGGAUAGCUGUGAUGAAAAUUGUGGGGAUCGUAACAUUUUAAAGAAACCUUCUUUACCAGAGGGUUACAACACCUGUGAGUUUAAGGAUGAAGAUGAUUGUAUAUUUUAUUUCACAUAUGACUAUGAUAAUAAUAAUGCAUUGAAGAUUAUUGCACAGGAAACAAAAGAAUGUCCAACCAAAGUGAAUGUUUUAGCCAUAGUCUUGGGUGUUGUGAUUGGUAUUGUUCUAGUUGGUCUUGCACUUCUACUCAUAUGGAAAUUGGUCACUACAAUCAAUGACAGGAGAGAAUUGGCUCGAUUUGAAAAGGAGACUAAAGAUGCCAAAUGGGACACCGGUGAAAAUCCAGUAUAUAAACCAGCUACAUCAACUUAUAAAAAUCCAACAUAUGCUGGAAAGUAAAGAAAAAGAAUGUGUGCAGACAUCAAAUAAACAAGGAUGAAUACAAUAUUUUUCACUUACUUGUUUGUAUAGUUGAAAGUGAGGUGAGAAUUGAUGACAUCCUUAGUUGUGUAAGCAGUUUCUGUGAUUGUAAUAUUCAUUCAAUUGUAACAGCUAGACACCAGUUCUAGAAUACAUUUUGAAACAUUUGUUCAUUCAGAGAUGUUUGUUUUGGAACAAAACACUGUAAAUUCAGUAAUUAAAGCGUGCAUUUAUUGUUGUGAAUCCUUGACGACUGGCAAAAAAGAGAAAUCUUAUAUAUGCGAUUGCAAAAGUUUUAUGAAGGAAAAUCAGUACUGAAAUUAUGAAUGAAAGUUUUUAUAAUUGCGAGCCUGAUACUUUUGCAUUUUUCACAAUAAUUUCUGAAUUUACAGUAUUAUUAGUCAGCCAAAUAUUUAUUUAAACAUAUGCAAUGCUUCAAGCUUAUCAUGCUAAUAUUAUCAGCAUUAUGUAUUUUUAUAUAUGAUAUGUAUUCGUAUGUAUAGAUAACAUGUUGGUGCAAAGUUAAGAACUGUACUGGUUAAGCGUGAUAGAAUUGAUAACUGACUUAGAAGACAUUAUAUAUAUAUACAUUGAUAGCAUCAAAAUACUGUAAUAUCUACAGAAAUGUAGUGGUUUUUCAUCGACUCAACAGCUUUUAAUAUCUAAUGUGAAGCCAUUUAAAAUGCUACCAUCAACAUCAUCACAGUGGCAAAAUAUGAGAUCAUACAAAAGAAGAGAAUUUUUGCUCUUAAAGUUCAACAAUAUUUUACAAAAUAUCAAUUUAUUUAAUAAACAGAAUAACACUGAAAAUUCCAUUUCCUAAUCACAUUUAUGAACUAUUUUGGUGUUUAUUCACAUGAACAUUUUUCAUAUUCCGAUUUUGACAGUUGUUAUAUAAUAACUAUUAACUAAUGUUUUUCAAUUUGAAAGUUUUCCGAAGAUUUUUUCUUGGUUUCUAAUCCAGGUAAAACUGUUAAAACGUGUAAGGGUUGUCUGAUAACAAUAAUGUGUGAAACAUGUUAAGUUUUACCAAAACAGUGCUGUGAUUGGGAAUGAUAAAUUAUUUUCAAACAAGGUGAACCAAGUUUCUAGUGAAAUAUUUUUAACUGUAAAUCAUUUACUAUCAUGAGUAAUCCAGUCGUAUAUUUAUAUAUUUUAUAUAUUCUAGUCUUCCAUUAUGUAAAUGUAGUAUUUUUAGUUUGCUGAGCUACAUAAGAUUAUAGGAAUAUUAUGUUUUUGAUUUUUAAUCACAAUUUUGUAACCUUAAAAAUUUUCUCAAAUUAAGGGGAUACGAUACAGUUUUGAUCCCACAGUGAUUUUUUUACGAAAAUUUGCAAACAAACUAUAGUUUACCUAAUCAAUUCAAAGUGCAAUGUAAAAUAUACCUUCAUGCGCUAAAUUUAGAGAUAAAUACAUUUAAUUAAAAUUUCGGUUUCUUGAACAUUUCUUUUCUUUGGACAGACAUACUUACCUUUUUUGUUUCAAAAGAUAAAUACAUGUGGAUAUUUGAAAAAAGAUUUGGAAUAUCUUCCUUACAAAAGUUGGAUCUUAAUUUUCUAUCAAUUCUUUGUAAAUAAAUUCAUUUUUAUUAAAUUUUCUUGAUUUUAGAAAAAAACGCCUGUUUUUGCUGUAUAUUUAUCUAAUUUAAAAAAAUGACAUUGGUGAUUUCUUCAUAAAAAUUGGAACAAAUAAUCUUCAUACAGUAUCAAGUCAAAUGUCAUUUAAAAAAAAAAAGGUCCAUGUACUCGUUUUCAAGCUAUUGAUUAAAACCACUCGAAAAAUGCAUCUUUUCCCGAUAUGUCGCAGUUUGACGUCGCAAAAAUUACAUUUUAUAUUAGCAACGUCAUUAUCUCCCCUGUAACUGUAUUGUAUGCCCUUAAGAGUAGUGUAAUGUUAGAUAUAGUGUGUUACUUGCAGUUUGGUAAUAUAUUUGAAAAAUUUUAUACUUAUUUUAUAUGAUAUUUUCACCCUUUGUAAUACUUUUGAAUCUCUACUGUUCUUAAAUUGACUGAAAUGGAAAUGUAAUAUGUACUGUUGAAUCCAGUUUCUAGCGUAAAUGAAAUAAUUCUUAUGUAAACACAUUUCUGUCGAAGUCUUUUAAAAUCCCUUAUUUUUUAUUAUUAUUUUAGCUGUAUGUAUGAACUCAAUAUCUGGCAAAUCAUUGUCAAAAAGUAAAUUUACAUAACAAAAUACUUAGUUAAUGAGCUUCCUUUUACCACCUGUGAAACAAGUUGUCAGCAAAAUAAAAUAUCAAUAGACCAAUUAAAAGAUUAAUCGAGUUGUGAAUAUGUGCUAAACUGGAUAGUCAAAGGAAAGGUAUAUACUAUGAAAUUAAGUGCUUAGGGCAAAGCCCCUCACUCUAAAUUUCAUAGCAUAUACCUUUUCAUUAACUAACCAUUACCUAUUAUUAAGAAUACUUCAUUAGAAAUAACAAGGUUGGAAGUUGUUGUAAUUUAAGUUAGGUUAUAUAUUAUAAAUAUAAAUGUUCUUUUUAUUUGUUACACAGUGCCUUUAAACCUUAGCAGGAAAGUGUCAUAGUUUUAUUUGUGCCAUUAUAUAUGGAUGUUGUGAACAUGCGUUAGACAAUGAAUAUACUUAUUAUGCUUUACAUUUAGCACUUGAGUGUUUAUUUUUGUUUCCAUUUCAAGACUAAAAAUAGAAAUUUCAUAAAAAAAAAGUUGGGGUUUUUUUUCAUUAUUAUUUUGAAUUCCUUCCAUUCAAUGUUUUUAUUUAUUUAAAUUGAAAUGUAUAACUCUUCAGUGUUGUGUGUUUUGAGAAAAGGGAAUGUAAUGUUCUUUGUAAUGUUGUUUAUAAAUUAAACUUUAAAAAAAGAAAACCGUAGCAACAAUAUGCAAGCUUAAUUAGAUGGAGGUUAUCCAAAUUCAACCUUUAUCUAUAUUUAUUUUUAUUGAUAGUUUUAAACUAGACAUCAAAAUGUAUAUUUUUUUAUAAGAAGUCCAUUAUUAGAAGACUGUUGUCUCCAUUCUUCCAACUGUGAAUCUAACAAGAUUUGAACAGAAAUCCUAUUAUAAGUAAAAAAAAUCUACAGUCAAAAUUUUUGAACUGCAUGAUGGUAUGUGAUAAUGUAUGCAAGACCAUAGAUAUAAUAGCCAUAGAUAAAGUACUGAACCCACAUCAAAAGCAGAUGAUAUUUGCCGAAAUUUUAUCACCCUCUUAUUAUAUACAUGUCACGCUUGGUGUUAAUUAGCCUUCAUUGGCAAUUGCCGUCUAUCGAUAUCUAAUAAAUUGUGAAUCGGGAGAGUAAUAUGUCAUUCUUCGGACAAGUUCAGUAGUUAUCGUUAUCUUCCGGUACAUCUUUUUUUUUUUAAUGUUUAUAUACGUGCUUAAAAUACAAGUCUAGGUGAUCGAUGUAUAAUUACAUUGUUCUUAUAAGUCCUGAAUAUUCAUCAAAUAUUUUCCACCGAAUGUUGUGAAUUCAACGAUCAUAUAAUAAAUCACAGUAAUAGAAAAUACACAACUAGUUUCAUACCAAACCAAAGAAGUUAUAAAAAUAAAGUACACAAAAAGUACGUUGACAACUAAACGGGCAGACUUACGGAGGGUUAUAUAGCCAUAUUUAUAGUACGAAUAACACCCCUAGCACAAUUCUAAGAAGGAUAUAUAUUGUUUACUUCAAAAAUGAAAUCGACAAUCAGAUUAAACCAUCCGCUAUUUAAUUGCAAAACAAGCAACAACAAAAAUGUAAGCGGAAAAGUAUUAUAUAUAUAAAAGAAAAAAAAUCAGAGACAAUAUAAUUGUGCUAUUUCAAAAUUAUUAAAUGUAUUCAGUAUGUCCACCACUUACGUUUUCUUCACCAAACGGCGUUUUAAAAUUUAUAAUUAUUCAUUUUUUCUCUCUUUACUUUUAAAAAACUUCGUGUUACUGUUACGACAGAAAGUUUCAACACUUUUUUUGUGUUCUAAAAUAUAAUAAUUUUGUUUUUCUGGUCUAAAAUGUGAUUAUACUGUUUGAAUCUCGAUAAAAAAGAAUUGUCUUUAACUCGCCAUAGAAAAAUUCGACCAGGUUCGACCUCUUAACCACGUAUACCAUCAGUAGUUGAUAUGUCUCCUCUUGUCAAUCAUACAGGUCUUAUUUCCCGAGUGCAACCGAUGAAAGUGCUAUGGCAAUUUAAUUUUACGUGCCUGUUAAGUCCAUUUUCCAUAAUUUCUCUAUUUUAUUAUUUCAACAACAGCAUAACCUUUUUAUUUGUUGACCGAUUUUCUCCAAAUAAAUUACAAUCCGAACAAUUUUUACAACCAGAAGCUUUUCAUUGCUACCGCCUCACGUCAUAUUUUUACUUGAGACAGGUAACGCAUAUUAAUUAUCAGCUGAUAAGACGCGUGCACGAUAAUUUAAAUAUAAUUAUGAUAAGAAAAUUAGUCUAUUGGGAGGAUGUCGGCAGAUAUCAUCUACAUCACAGGCCACUUCGCGCCGUGCCGUGCGUUUGAUAUUUCAAAGGAAACUACAUGGGGCUCAGUGUGAUAUAUUCUGAGUACUUUAUCUAUGGCUAUUAUAUCUAUGGCAAGACAAACUAAUCUUAAAUACCAGGCUUAAAAUUUUGUACACCAGUUGCUUGUUUCGUGUACAAAAGACUUAUCAGUGAUGCUCAAUUCAAAAUCAACCUGAGAACAAUAAACAUAUAUAAUACCUGUGCUAAGGAGCAUCUAUUCAAAAUAAUUCUUUUUGUCAAACAAAAUGGUAAUAGUUGCUUCCUUUUCUGAAAUAGAAUGUUACGUUGCUUAAUUGUGUCACAGAUAUUAACACUUGUUGGUACUAUAGCCAGAGAAUCAUAUACCCAUAGUACAAACGUCAUUUAUGGUUUCCUUGAAAUAUCAUUUGUUAGGAAAGGAAGGAUUUUGUCACAGUAUUUACAGAAAUUGUUCUUUUUUAAUUUUGAUUCCUUAUUAAUAGCUAAAGAUGUUGUUCUGUUAGUCCUCCUAAUGUGUAUGCUAGUCUUAGUGGCAAUUCUUCCUAUAAUCUUUUUUUUUUUAUUAUUUCAUAGGCCUUUGUGCAUAUUUUAGAGAUGUGCAUUCCAUGAGAAUCCUCUGUAUGUUCUCCAUAUCUGUUUUAUUUCAUUUUGAUUUAUGAAUAUGUGUAUUCUUUGUACAAUUUCUGAUUAUUUUAUAACAGAUGGUAUUGAUAGUAUUUUCAAUUAUUUAAUGUCAGGCCACCUAUGUUUUUUUAAUUUUUCUGUUUGAUCAAAGCCAAUUCAAAUUUCCAACUUUUGUUUCAACUAAGUUGGAAAUAAAUUAAGUUAGAAUUAAAAGUCAAGAUAAAUACUAUAAAAAUGUUUAGAAUUAACUGCAAUGAAAAUGCCAGUCAAAGAUUUCUGUUGAAUGUAUUGUCUAAGUCUUGCUGUAUUUGCUCAAUUAGACAGAACCAAAGCCCACACAUUUUUGGGGGGAUUUGCAAUGAUUACCAGAAUGUUAUGACUGGCCUUAUGUUGUCCAUGUAACCAGUAACUGUAAAUAUUUUCCCAAACUUUUGUCAUUAAAUCCUGUGGCUACAGACUUGUUAGGGAGGGGUAGGAGCAUUCUGGUCGAAUUUUACAAGGUUUCUGCCAUUUAAUUGUUUGACAGCAGAUCUUUAAGGGUCUCAUUAAAUGUGAUUCAAUAUCAUUCAUUCUAGGCACAUUGAGAUCAUAUUACUUGGUCAAUGGUGGAAAAUAAAAGUUAAGUGCCCUAAAAUAAAAAUUAAAAAAUGGUAUGACUCAAUACCUGUAAAUAGUGUAAAUAACAUUUUGAUAUUUUUAAUAUACUCUUGUUUAUAUAUUAAGAUGUAGAUAAUAAGCAUGUACUAAUAUUAUUGUUGCCUUUAAGGUUGGUAUAGAUGUAAUUUUGCAUUACUGAUAUUUUAUAUAAAUGUUGUUUGAGUAUUUAAGCAAUCAUUUUAUUUAUAAAAUUCUUUUUUAAAAAAUGUAUUUCUCUUUCUUUUGAAAGCUAUGUUUUAUCUACUGAAAAUGUAUGAAAUCUAUGCAAUUUAUAGAAAACAUACUGUUCAUGAUUUUAGAAAGUACAAUAGAGAUGUGGCAUUUAGAAUUAAAAAGUAUACCUAAAGUAAAGUAUGUUUUAAAUAAAUUCAUAAUUUUUGCUCAAGAUUCCCACCAAAUGCUUUUUGCUCCACCUCAGUAUUAUUACUUAAGUGUUUUUGUAAUGUUGAAAUGUCCUGAGAUGUAUUUGACCAUAUUAUUUUGAAUAUGUCCACCAGGGGGAGUACAACAGUUGAAGUGAGGUUAUUUAGAAGUCUAGAUGAAAGUAAUUGCUGUAAAAUACUGACCUGAAUUUUGAGAAAAAAAAUUGUUUGCAAGAUGUUCAUUUUGUUGUCCAUUUCCAAAAUAAAGUUAAUUAAGUUUGCUACAGCUAUCAACUGAAUUAGGUAUUUCUCAGUCAUCAUAAUAAAAUAAAUUUAUCAAAUCCACAA